AGUAGAGAAGCAACUGACUCGUGAGAAGCUCAGAAGGCCAAUUUUUUCUAGUUCGAUAGCCCUUUCAUUUUGUAGUCGAGACUGACCUUGAGCGAAAUUCACUUUAUCUUGAGUAUCCUGCUUCGUUAGUGCUGCUUGCUGUUUUAUUAUAAUUAUAACUAUUACUCUGGAUCGCCGUCAUGUCGAAUCACACCAUGGCGAAAGACAAUAACAGAUACGCUGCCUUAGAGCAAGAUCAAACAGAUACAACGACUUCAGAAUCGUCAGAAACACCAUCGUCUCAAGCCCAGCAGAAUACCAUAGCAGAGCACCCACGCGCUAAGUGUGUACCUGGGCCAGGUGAGCAUGUACUGCAGUACACGUACUCCGUCUGGUUUGCCAAGAAACCACAGGGAGCACAGCGCAGUGCUGUCAACUACGAGCAGAGCAUCAAACUCGUCGGUUCAUUCUGCACGGUGGAGCAGUUCUGGCACCUUUACAGUUACAUGAACCGGCCAAAUGACCUGGGCAAUAAUGUCGAUAUCCAUGUUUUUAAGGAUGGCAUCAGACCCAUGUGGGAGGAUGAUGCAAAUAAACAUGGCGGCAAGUGGAUCGUCCGGUUACGAAAAGGCCUGGCUGCAAGAUGCUGGGAAAAUGUGAUCAUGGCCAUGCUUGGUGAGCAGUUCAUGGUUGGUGAUGAAAUGUGCGGUGCUGUCCUCUCCGUUCGGUAUCAGGAGGAUAUUAUCUCAGUGUGGAAUCGAACAAGCAGUGACACCGGCAUUACAAAUCGGAUACGGGACACAAUGAGUCGGGCAUGCACGCUACCCACCAACACAAUCAUGGAGUACAAAGCACAUACGCACAGCUUGAGGGAUAACUCCAGUUACCGCAACACCGAUGUCUUCGUACGGUGAUGUUUGAACCGGUUCUCAUUACCGGCACCGGCGGUUGCUAUUGCUACAGCUACCUAGUUAUGCGUAUAACAUGACAGACUAAGUUCUGCAAAAACCACCAUAACUCAUCAUUCUCAUUGACAUUUAAUGCGUGUUGCCAAAUUCAACCAUGAAAAGAAAGUUUUUAACUUGCUCAGUACGCCCAUGUACAACCCAACCUAUAACAACUCAUGUUCCUGUCUAUCCGUACCUAUUCCUGCUAUGCUGUUGUUGGCUUGUUACACAUUGUCGCUUUGUUUUAUACGUCCACUAGUGGUGCAUGCAGGGCAUGACAGCUGUUUCAUGUGUUGCCCGCCCGCUUCUACUAUCUUGCUUUAUGAUAGUGUCUUGACAUGGCUUGAUGUCUACUACCAAGAGUACAUAA